AUGAAUCCCGACAUGUUUUUCGACGUCUACGGUCAUUCACCUACCGUACAUGUGAUCUGUCCCGGAUAUUUGAAUCUUAUCGGUGAACACAUUGUCGACCACGGUUAUGGAACGAUUUCAAUAGCGACGGAUACCGGAUCAGAAAUAUUUGCUGCUCUAAAUGGCAGAUCCGACAUUCGUAUCUCGAAUACUGAUGAAGAAUAUAGGCAGCAUGUUCUGAACUUGCCAUCAGAGUGGGUCGGGACAUCAUGUCCGGAAUGGUUUGACUACAUUCUUGCCGGCUGGAAGAGCGUUGUGGAGCGGUUGAAAAUUGAUCCUGUUGGAUUUGAUCUACUGAUGGAAGGAUGUAUUCCACCUUCAGUUGGAUUAUCAAGCAGUUCAUCUAUCGUUUGUGCCGCAGUUCUUACUACCUGGGCAAUUCAUACUGGCAAAGGCUUUGAAGGGAUAUCGCGGGAAGAACUAGUCAACUUAUGCAUUCGAGGAGAGGAGUACGUCGGAAAGACUGGUGACAGACUAGUUCAUCUCACACAAAUCCUGGGCCGGGACGAUAUGGGCGUUCGAUUCGAUUUUUUCCCAUUGCGCUCUCAUCUUGUCAAUGUCCCACAUAUCGCCGUAUUUGACGUGCUACACAGUGGAGAGGUGUCGAACAAGUCCCUGUGUUCGCGCCAUCUACAUCUCGCAGAGGGCAAAAUUGCUGGAAAACUUCUUCUACGGAACGCUGGCAAGACGUGUCUGUAUGUUCGACUUAGGGAUGUACAAGAAGCACUUGGCAAGCGGUUGGAGGAUAUGAUUGCAUUGUGCGAGAAUUUGCCGGAGACUUCUAGUCGAACCGAGUUGGAACAAUUGCUAGGCCCUGAGGAACUUGAGGAGUGCUUGUCCGAAGAAAUAAAACACGUGACACAAUUCAAAAUUCGUUCCACUGCUCGUUACGUGUUUAGUGAAGCAAUUCGAGUGAACAGAUUCGAACGAGCUUGUGAAACUCGAGAUUUACUAACCAUGGGAAGGAUUUUCAACGAAUCUCAUGACAGCUUCACUAAGGACUUCGAUUGCACCACAAAGGACGUGGAGAAGCUUGUAACUCGAUGCCGCACGUCCCAUUCUUAUGGGGCUCAUGUUAUUGGAUGGAACGGCAUAGUGGUGGCAUUAAUUGAUGACGUAUGCCCUGUAUAUCUUGGCGAUAAGCUUGUGUAUCAUGCAUUUGCAUCUGCUGGAGCGAGGAAAACAAAUCAAGAGAUGCGAACGAACAGUUCAUCAUCAUUUGCAUCUUCUACUGCGCUCGAUGAAGUUGCGACAGCUUCAUCCUCAACAGCGCAACCUGAAAAUCCGGACUAUAUAAAGACACUGCGUCAAUACGGCCGCUAUUUCUCCACACGACUUGUGCAGGUUGUGGUGCAAUCGCGAACAAAUGAAAAAUUUGAUCUGGAGUGCACUUUACCAUCCACCAGUCCCGAUUGGUUCAAUCUUCGAAUCGAUGAGCUUGGUGAAGUGUCCGCACAAGUUAAACGAAGCAUAAGCAGCUUUCCACCCGUAGCCAAAUCUAUUUCUAUUGACUUCAUGUUGUAUACUUGCGAUGGCGAAGUUUUACCGAUGGAGACGUGGACAUUUUCUAUCGAUGAAGAAGAUCAACAAUCUACGUGGGCUAACGAUAUCAAAUCGCAACUGUAUCUGCAGCUAAGUGUAAUGCUACGAAGUGCUAUGGUGGCAGCGAGAAUGACACCGUUGCAUAGGUACUACGUGAAGAAACAAAGCUGCGAUACGUUUGUUAUACUGUACAAACUGGGUGAGGGAACGUCGGAGUUGGAUCUUGGAUCGGAAGCAAAAAGAAUCGACCUUGGCCGGUUUCCAACGCCUGUUGGUGCGUUUACGCUUGAAGUUGCCUAUCGAACACAAAUGGCGAAGGAGCGAACGCUAUCACCUCCCGAAGGACAUGAAUCACCGAACCAGAUGAGUAUAAUAAUGGCGACUCCUCCUGACGCUGGUGCAACGGUUGGUUCACCCACUCCGUCAUCUUAUUGCGAACUCAUGAGCGAGUUUAGUACUAGUCCGUCGAGUUUGCCUGCAACGUCACCUCCAGACACAGCGAAUGUGAAACCUACUAGAUCACGGUCAACUUCCCUUGCAAGUGAAACAGAAACCGCAUCCAGUAGUCCGAAGACUAAAACUAACAUAACCGUUGCGAAGAACAUGCCAUUCGCUAAUCUUCUCACUGUAUCAUACACGGGUGUUUUAUUUCCAUUACCAGAAGAAGUGCUAGGUCGAAAGAAAUGUAAUUCGGAAUCGGCUAUUAUAGAAGGAAGCGGCACUGAAACCGUACCUCCCCGUUGUGAUUCGUUUUCAAAGCUGUUAUGUGCUGGUAGUCCAUCUACCACUAACACUGAACCCUCUGACGGAAAAAACGUUGUGAAACAGACCGAAGUGAAUGUCCAAGUCGUAGCUUUAGUAACCAAAGGAGUUGAAGAAAUGAAGGUUGACGAUGCGAAAAAAACUACAGUGAAGGUGAAUUUUGACCUAGAGUGCAGUGAGAGGACUCUUGUCGAUCCAGACAGUGAUAGUCAGACGGAAGGGUCUCGUAAAGGCGAUGUGGAGACGGAAGAGCAAGAUGAGUCGGUUGCAACUUUAAAACGUUCCGAAGUGGAUCCCGAUGAAGUGGUGGGCACAUCGGACGACGACUCAUUUGUUAAGAUACCUUUAUUUGGCCGGACGUCAUGCGGUGAGGCGACACAAGAAGGCGAGUUGGACACUCAUCUCACGGAGUUCAUGACCUCUUGUAAAGCACCACCACCAUUAGUGGGCGUAGCACAAGAAUGGGACACUUUGAGUGACAUCCAAAGCUUACUUGACGGAUUCUCUCAGAAACAGGGUCUUUUCGACAAGUUCGUUGCUGAGGUGCGGGAACACGGCGAUGAUAACGACUGA